GCGGUCCCGUUCGGGGCGGUGUCCGGCGCCGGCGACUGCGGGAGGAGUUUCGCGAAGAGCGACGCGGGGCGCUCAGAGGGUGGCGGUCCUGGGAGGUGCCCGCUCGAGCCCGACCCGGCCGCUGGCGCCUCUGCGGUAGCCACCGUCGGCCACCCGGCCGCCGCGCCCCCGACUUCCCGCGCUGCCCUGUGCCUGGCGCCGUCGUCUGUCGGCCCUCCAUGCGGGGCCGGGUGGUUGCGUGAUGGGGCUGCGGAGCGGCGUCCUGCGGCUCGCGGCAGCCGCUGCUCGCGCUCCGGUGCGUCGCUGCCAGGCCCUCCGCGCCCCCGCGCGCCGCGGCGCCUGCUGACCCGGCCUGCUUGCCCGUCGGUCCGCAGCGCGGCUGAGGAAACUUGUGCGUCACUGAGCAGAGACUUCACUUCUUUUCUUCUGGACUGCAGCUGUGUGUCCUGAGGCCGUCAGAAUGUCGGGAGCCUCGGUGAAGGUGGCUGUGCGGGUGAGGCCCUUCAACUCCCGAGAGACCAGCAAGGAGUCCAAGUGCAUCAUCCAGAUGCAAGGCAACUCGACCAGUAUUAUUAACCCAAAGAAUCCAAAGGAAGCUCCCAAAUCCUUCAGCUUCGACUACUCCUAUUGGUCUCACACCUCGCCUGAAGACCCCUGCUUUGCAUCUCAGAAUCGUGUGUACAAUGACAUCGGGAAGGAGAUGCUCCUGCACGCCUUCGAAGGCUACAAUGUGUGCAUUUUCGCCUAUGGACAGACAGGUGCUGGGAAGUCCUACACCAUGAUGGGCAAGCAGGAAGAGAGCCAGGCUGGCAUCAUCCCACAGUUAUGUGAGGAGCUGUUUGAGAAAAUCAAUGACAACUGUAAUGAAGAGAUGUCCUACUCUGUGGAGGUGAGCUACAUGGAGAUUUACUGCGAGAGAGUACGAGAUUUGCUGAAUCCAAAGAACAAGGGCAACCUGCGAGUGCGUGAACACCCGCUCCUGGGACCGUAUGUGGAGGACCUGUCCAAGCUGGCGGUCACUUCCUACACAGACAUUGCGGACCUCAUGGAUGCUGGAAACAAGGCCAGGACCGUGGCUGCUACCAACAUGAAUGAGACGAGUAGCCGUUCCCAUGCCGUGUUUACCAUUGUUUUCACCCAGAAGAAACAAGAUUCUGAGACCAACCUUUCCACAGAGAAGGUCAGUAAGAUCAGCCUGGUAGAUCUAGCGGGAAGUGAGCGAGCUGACUCAACUGGUGCCAAAGGAACUCGAUUAAAGGAAGGAGCAAAUAUUAAUAAAUCUCUUACGACUUUGGGCAAAGUCAUCUCCGCUCUGGCAGAGGUGAGUAAAAAGAAGAAGAAAACGGAUUUUAUUCCCUACAGGGAUUCUGUACUUACUUGGCUUCUUCGAGAAAAUCUAGGUGGCAAUUCUCGGACUGCAAUGGUCGCUGCUCUGAGCCCGGCAGACAUCAAUUACGAUGAGACCUUGAGCACUCUGAGAUAUGCAGAUCGUGCAAAACAAAUUAAAUGCAAUGCUGUGAUCAAUGAGGACCCCAAUGCCAAGCUGGUCCGGGAGCUGAAAGAGGAGGUUACGCGGCUCAAAGACCUUCUUCGCGCUCAGGGACUGGGCGACAUCAUCGACAUUGACCCAUUGAUCGAUGAUUACUCUGGAAGUGGAGGCAAAUAUCUGAAAGAUUUUCAGAACAAUAAGCAUAGGUACUUGCUAGCCUCUGAGAAUCAACGUCCUGGCAAUUUCUCCACAGCGUCCAUGGGGUCCCUUACUUCAUCUCCAUCUUCCUGCUCACUCAGUAGUCAGGUGGGCUUAGCAUCUGUGACCAGUAUUCAGGAGCGGAUCAUGUCUACACCCGGAGGAGAGGAGGCCAUUGAACGUCUAAAGGAAUCAGAGAAAAUCAUUGCUGAAUUGAACGAAACGUGGGAAGAGAAGCUUCGGAAAACAGAGGCCAUCCGGAUGGAGAGAGAGGCCCUGUUGGCAGAGAUGGGAGUUGCCAUUCGCGAAGAUGGAGGAACACUGGGAGUUUUUUCACCUAAAAAGACCCCACAUCUCGUUAACCUCAAUGAAGACCCAUUGAUGUCCGAGUGCCUGCUUUAUUACAUCAAAGAUGGAAUUACCAGAGUUGGCCAGGCAGAUGCGGAGCGGCGCCAGGACAUAGUGCUGAGCGGGGCCCACAUUAAAGAAGAGCAUUGUAUCUUCCGGAGCGAGAGAAACAACAGCGGUGAAGUUAUUGUGACUCUAGAGCCCUGUGAGCGCUCAGAAACCUACGUCAAUGGCAAGAGGGUGGCCCAGCCUGUUCAGCUGCGCUCAGGAAACCGUAUCAUCAUGGGUAAAAACCAUGUCUUUCGUUUCAACCACCCGGAACAAGCUCGCGCUGAACGAGAAAAGACGCCUUCUGCUGAGACACCCUCAGAGCCUGUGGACUGGACGUUUGCCCAGAGAGAACUUCUAGAAAAGCAAGGAAUUGAUAUGAAACAAGAGAUGGAGAAAAGGCUACAGGAGAUGGAGAUCCUAUACAAAAAGGAGAAGGAGGAAGCAGAUCUCCUCUUGGAGCAGCAGAGACUGGACUAUGAAAGUAAAUUGCAGGCCUUGCAGAAGCAGGUGGAGACCCGGUCCCUGACUGCAGAGACAACGGAAGAGGAAGAGGAAGAGGAAGAAGUUGCUUGGACGCAGCAUGAAUUUGAGUUGGCCCAGUGGGCCUUCCGGAAGUGGAAGUCUCACCAGUUUACUUCAUUAAGGGACUUACUCUGGGGCAAUGCCGUGUACCUGAAGGAGGCCAACGCCAUCAGUGUGGAAUUGAAGAAGAAGGUGCAGUUCCAGUUUGUCCUGCUGACGGACACGCUGUACUCCCCUCUGCCCCCUGACUUACUUCCCACCGAGAUGGACAGAGCUCACGAGCACAGAGCUCUUCCCCGCACGGUAGUGGCCGUGGAAGUCCAGGAUCUCAAGAACGGAGCCACACAUUAUUGGUCUCUGGAGAAGCUCAAGCAGAGGCUGGACUUGAUGCGAGAGAUGUAUGACAGGGCAGGGGAGAUGGCCUCCAACGCCCAGGAAGACAGUGAAACCACCAUGACUGGCAGUGAUCCUUUCUAUGAUCGAUUCCACUGGUUCAAACUUGUGGGAAGCUCCCCCAUUUUCCACGGCUGUGUGAAUGAGCGCCUUGCUGACCGCACACCCUCCCCUACCUUUUCCACGGCCGAUUCCGACAUCACUGAGCUGGCUGACGAGCAGCAAGAUGAGAUGGAGGAUUUUGAUGAGGAGGCAUUCGUGGAUGACACCGGCUCGGACGCAGGGACGGAGGAGGGGUCCGACCUCUUCAGUGACGGGCAUGACCCGUUUUACGACCGAUCCCCUUGGUUCAUUUUAGUGGGAAGGGCGUUUGUUUACCUCAGCAACCUGCUCUAUCCUGUGCCCCUGAUCCACCGAGCGGCCAUCGUCAGUGAGAAGGGUGAAGUCCGGGGCUUCCUACGUGUGGCCGUACAGGCCAUUGCAGCGGAUGAAGAAGCUCCUGAUUAUGGCUCAGGAAUCCGACAGUCAGGAACCGCUAAGAUAUCUUUUGACAACGAGGACUUUAAUCAGAGUGACUUUUCUUCUGUGGCCAUGACACGUUCCGGUCUGUCCUUGGAGGAGCUGAGGAUUGUGGAAGGCCAAGGUCAGAGCUCUGAGGUCAUCACACCUCCAGAAGAAAUUAAUCGGAUGAAUGACUUGGACUUGAAGUCAGGCGCUCUGCUGGAUGGUAAGAUGGUAAUGGAAGGAUUUUCUGACGAGAUCGGCACCCACCUGAAACUGGGCAGCGCCUUCACUUUCCGCGUGACGGUGCUGCAGGCCAGUGGGAUCCUCCCCGAGUAUGCGGACAUCUUCUGCCAGUUCAACUUUUUGCACCGCCAUGAUGAAGCGUUCUCCACAGAACCCCUCAAAAACAACGGCAGAGGAAGUCCCUUGGGCUUUUAUCACGUGCAAAACAUUGCAGUGGAGGUCACAGAAUCCUUUGUGGACUAUAUCAAAACCAAGCCAAUUGUGUUUGAAGUCUUUGGCCAUUAUCAGCAGCACCCGCUACAUCUGCAAGGACAAGACCUUAACAGCCCCCCUCAGCCGUCUCGCCGGUUCUUCCCUCCACCUAUGCCGCUCUCCAAGCCAGUUCCAGCUACCAAGUUAAACACCAUGAGCAAAACCAGCUUUGGCCAGAGCAUGAGCAAGUAUGAUCUUCUGGUUUGGUUUGAGAUCAGUGAGCUGGAGCCUACAGGAGAGUACAUCCCAGCUGUGGUUGACCACACAGCCGGCUUGCCCUGCCAAGGAACGUUUUUGCUUCACCAGGGUAUCCAGCGGAGGAUCACCGUGACCAUCAUCCACGAGAAGGGGAGUGAGCUGCACUGGAAGGAUGUCCGGGAGCUGGUGGUGGGCCGGAUUAGGAAUAAGCCUGAGGUGGAUGAGGCCGCCGUGGACGCCAUCCUCUCCCUAAACAUCAUCUCUGCCAAGUACCUGAAGUCCUCCCACAACUCGAGCAGAACCUUCUACCGCUUUGAGGCUGUGUGGGACAGCUCCCUGCAUAACUCCCUUCUCUUGAACCGAGUGACGCCCUACGGAGAGAAGAUCUACAUGACCCUGUCAGCUUACCUGGAGCUGGACCACUGCAUCCAGCCAGCCGUCGUUACCAAGGACGUGUGCAUGGUCUUCUACUCCCGUGACGCCAGGAUCUCCCCGCCGCGCUCGCUGCGCAGCCUGUUCGGCAGCGGCUACUCCAAGUCGCCGGACUCCAAUCGAGUCACUGGAAUUUAUGAACUCAGCUUAUGCAAGAUAGCAGACACAGGUAGUCCAGGCAUGCAGAGAAGGAGAAGGAAGGUGCUGGACACGUCGGUGGCCUACGUACGAGGCGAGGAGAACCUGGCCGGCUGGCGGCCCCGUGGGGACAGCCUCAUCCUGGAGCACCAGUGGGAGCUGGAAAAGCUGGAGCUCCUCCACGAGGUGGAGAAAACACGCCACUUCCUGUUGCUGCGGGAGAGACUCGGGGACAGCGUGCCCAAGUCCCUGAGCGACUCGCUGUCGCCCAGCCUCAGCAGCGGGACCCUGAGCACCUCCACCAGCAUCUCCUCGCAGAUGUCAAGCACCACCUUCGAAAGCGCCGUCACCCCCAGUGAGAGCAGCGGCUACGACUCGGCAGACAUCGAGAGCCUGGUGGAUCGGGAAAAGGAGCUGGCCACCAAGUGCCUGCAGCUUCUCACCCACACUUUCAACCGAGAAUUCACCCGGGUGCACGGCAGCAUCAGCGAUUGCAAGCUGUCGGACAUCUCUCCGAUUGGCCGGGACGCCUCUGUGUCCAGUUUCAGCAGCGCUACCCUUACGCCCUCCUCCACCUGCCCCUCCCUGGUGGAAUCAAGGAGCAGCUCCGUGGAUCAGAAGACCCCAGAAGCUAAUUCGCGGGCCUCUAGUCCAUGCCCGGAAUUUGAGCAGUUUCAGAUUAUCCCAGUGGUGGAAACGCCCUAUUUGGCCCGAGCGGGAAAACAUGAAUUUCUCAAUCUCGUUCCAGAUAUUGAAGAAAUUAGACCUGGCUCUGUGGUCUCGAAGAAAGGAUACCUGCAUUUCAAGGAGCCGCUAUCCAGCAACUGGGCUAAACACUUUGUCGUGGUCCGUCGCCCUUAUGUCUUCAUCUAUAACAGUGAUAAGGACCCAGUGGAGCGUGGGAUCAUUAACCUGUCCACGGCACAGGUGGAGUACAGCGAGGACCAGCAGGCCAUGGUGAAGACACCCAACACCUUUGUCGUGUGCACAAAACACCGCGGGGUCCUUCUGCAGGCACUCAGCGACAAGGACAUGAACGACUGGCUGUACGCCUUUAACCCACUUCUUGCUGGCACAAUAAGGUCUAAGCUCUCCCGCAGAUGCCCAAGCCAGCUGAAGUACUGAGCGACUGCGGGGGCCCUCACUCGCCUCGGGUGAUAAAGAAAGUGUUACCUCUC